AUGGGAAGUCCAGACGGCAUACGCUGGGAAAUGGGGAGGGACGUGAGAACGUGUCGUUUCCACGUCCCGCGAUUCAGUCUGUUGCUGGCGGCCGUGUUUCUUCUGUCGCUAGUAGCCCUGCAGCAGCAGACCGCGUUUGCUCAAGCCGUCAACGGAACCGACUUUCAUGCAUGCCUGUGCUCCUCCCCUCCAUCCGCCCCUGCAGGGAAGACGCUGCUGCGCAUCCGCAACGAGCUCAACUUCACCAACCCCGCACGCAGCCCCAAGGCGUACUGGAAGAGCGCCAAGAGCUGCGAUGAGCUCUUUGGGGUUAUCUGCGACGACCUUGGAUACGUUGUUGCACUGUCGUUCCUUCCCCCUGCCACCCUGUUGUCCCCCCAUCCCAUUCACCCCGGCCGAUUCCCCUGCAGCACGCUCUACGGGUUCAACGGCUCUCUCCCUUUCCCACUAUUCACUUCCAUGUCGUCCCCCCCGCCACCCUGUUGUCCCCCCAUCCCAUUCACCCCGGUUGUCUCCCCUGCAGCACGCUGUAUGGGGUCAACGGCUCUCUCCCCAACGCCAUUGGCGAACUGCCCUCCCUCGCCUUCCUGUCAGUGCCCUUUCGCUUCGCCUUUUCUCCAACUGCAGUCUCUCCUCUGUCGCUUCUCUCCCUUAGUCCUUAUCCCCCACGUGUCAGCACCUUCUCACUGCCCUCCCUCGCCUUCUUGUCAGUCCCCUCUCGCUUCCCGUUCUCUCGAACUACAGUUUCUCCUCUGUCGCCUCGCCCCUUUUCUCUUUAUUCCUCACAUGUCGCGCCCUCUCACUGCCCUCCCUCGCCUUCCCCUGCUUACAUUCAAGCACAUCGGGAAAGGCACCCACUACAGCCUGCAUUCGUACGUUCUUGUGCUGAAACGAGCAUCUGUCUGUCCCGAAACUUUUGUAUCUUCUCUCUCCUUCUCCCUUCUCCUCUCACUCCUCCCUUCCCCUCCCCUCCUCCCGCUCCCCUCCUUCCCUCCUCUUUCCCCCUCCUCUCACGCCAGCAACAUGGCGCAAAACAGGCUGACUGGCAGCUUACCUGUUGGCAUCUCGCGCCUCUCCUAG